AUUCCAUGGACUGCGAACGCGCUUUUUGUGUAUCACGUGCUUCAUGACGUUGUACACACACUUGCGCUUCCUUUUAGCUGUCAUGGCCGAACAACGGCAAGCAGAAAACUCCAACACCGGAGAGCACUGACCUUUAAUUUAUUUUGCAGAUGUGGGGAAGAGGAUUUCUCAUUCCCCAGGUGAUAAACACUCUUCGCCUCACGUGGAGUCACAGGCAUUUCUUCACCAUGCAGCUGAAAACCAAGGAGUUCCAGUCAUUAUUCACUGAUGGACUGAAUGCUCUAGCAGAGAUUUUUCAGAAGCACCGGUUUGAGUUGAGGAUUGCAGGGGGAGCUGUGCGGGACCUCCUGUCGGGACAACAACCUCAAGAUGUGGAUUUUGCUACUACCGCUACACCUGAGGAGAUGAAACGAAUGUUUCAAGCUGUAGGGAUCCGAAUGAUCAACAACAAAGGAGAGAAGCAUGGUACCAUCACUGCCAGGCUGCAUAACGAGAAUUUUGAAGUGACCACUCUGCGUGUGGACGUACAGACAGAUGGGAGACAUGCUGAAGUAGAGUUCACAACAGACUGGCAGAAAGAUGCUGAGCGCCGAGACCUCACAAUUAACUCCAUGUUUCUUGGGCUGGAUGGGACCUUGUAUGAUUAUUUCCAAGGUUAUGAGGAUCUCCAGAACAAAAAAGUUCGCUUUGUUGGGAAUAGUGCACUCAGGAUUCAGGAGGACUACUUGCGAAUUCUACGAUAUUUCAGGUUUUAUGGGCGUGUGGCGUCCGAGCCAGGACAGCAUGACUCGGACACUCUGGAGGCGAUCCGGGACAAUGCAAGUGGCCUGGCAGGAAUCUCAGGGGAGAGAAUCUGGGUGGAGCUAAAGAAGAUGCUGGUGGGAAAUCAUGCGUCUCACCUGCUCGAGCUUAUAUAUGAGCUAGAUCUGACUCAGUACAUAGGUCUCCCAGCAGAUGUAUGUAUUGAGGAGAUGAAGCAGGUGUACCAGAGAACUCAGGGCUGCUCUCCUAAACCAAUGACCGUGCUCUCAGCUCUGCUGCGUAGUCCAGAAGAGGUGGAAAGGCUGGAUCUCAGGUUGAAGCUCUCUAGAGAGGAGAAGACUCUUGGUAUAUUUCUGGUGAAGCACAGGCGAGACCUUGUUAAGGGACAAGAUGAGAAGGAAGGCCUGAAGCCAUUCACUGAUUUUAUCAUUGAUUCCCGAGAACCAGAUACCCAGAGCAAGGUGCUGGAGCUCUUGAAAUAUCAGGGUGAGAAGAAGCUCCUGGCUGAACUGAGUCGCUGGGCCAUUCCUCGUUUUCCUGUCAGCGGCCAUGACCUGCGUCGCCUGGGAAUCACCUCAGGCAAAGAGAUCGGUACGACCCUGCAGGAGCUACGUGAUGUCUGGAAGAAGAGUCGAUAUCGACUGACCAAAGAGGAACUCUUGAGUACUAUCAGCACGUCCUAAUAUAAAACAAAGCAAACCACUGUGAGGUGGUCGUCUCAGCGGAGUGCUCUAAAACCUAAGUCUUAGAGGUCAGCAGCGGCACUGUGUUCUUACCUCCAUAUAAAUUACAGCUAACAAGGAGGUGAGAAAUAUAGGGGAAAACUGGCAGUACAUCGGGUAAGGAAUGUGUUGGUUUGGUAAUCUCCUACCUAUCAUAGCUGCAUGAGAGCUAGGACUAUUUGGUGAUGAUUUACCAAUAUACACAGUUUCAACAGGUACACUUCAAGGAUUCAUUUAACUCUGUUCUCUCUGUUACUUUAGCCAUGCAAAAUUUUUCUUUAACUACUUAAUACUUUACUUAUUAAGUAGUUUGCCAUUUGUCCAUUGUUAAGAAUUCAUGUAAAUUUAUAGACAUAAUUUACCAUAGACAAUAUAUUUUCAAGCUCAUUUUUGUUUUCAAAAUGUGCCCUUAAUACAGUACAGUUAGGUUGCAUCAGUUAAAAAGGUAAAGUUCAGCUAGCACUUAAAGAGAAAAUGUUUGCUUUAUGCACCUAUGGUCACGAGUUCAAUAUUGAGGGCAAAAAAAGGUUGCAGGUCGUUAUGUAACAUAUUGUAAAGCUGAAGUAAACAAAAAUACAAACUAAAAA